GUUGAUGUCUGUCUUUUUGACGUCGCGCGUGCCGCUGGCGGCGCUCCUCACAGCGACUCUCGCCGCCGCCUUCGGGCCUUCGUUGGACUGCCCGCCCAAGACUAUCCGCGAUCUGGACGGCGAUGGAUAUGAGACGUACGCCGACCACUUCCUUCGGUUCAUGUCGUACGACACCAAUCUCGACAUGACCAUCAGCGCGGCGGAGUACGCGGCCCACGAGCUCGCAAAAGCCGGCAGUAACGCGGACGGUAAGAUUGACAGGGACGAGUUUAUCGCCGAGAGGGUCAAAGAGGGACGGGCGGGGGUGGGGGCCUGCACGCCAACGGCUGAUCAGAUUGCAGAGGCUGGCGAGAAGUUCCUGGACAGGGACGAAAACUCUGACGGGUUCAUCGACCAAGCUGAGCUUUCGGCGUACUUUGAGCGUUCCAAGAUGUGGGCCAAGCUCAGUACUAUCCAAGGCCGCCUCGAGUACUUCGUGGAGAAACUCGCGCGCGAGAACAUUAUUGUGGACAUGAAGAUCACGCAGGAGGAGGAGCUCGCGUGGCAUUACCAACAGAGCAGAUAGCCGCGAGGGCUCCGCCGAACGAAGUCGCUCGCGCGCGCGGGGAAGCCGUGCGGCGUGCGCGAGCUCACAGCUGAGGAGCUGACUGAGCCUUCGCUCAGGGGGUUGCAACUGGACGCGAGGCGAUCGCGUGCGCCAGGGCCGAGAGUUGGGGAGCCGGUAGGUCGUGUCGGACCGGCGGUCGGCCGGUCGGCGGGUCAAGGGUCAAGCAAGCGUCAUGCGAGAAGUUGCCCUGUGAGCCUCGGACUCACGGUAGCUACCUACCUCCCUUGCAUAAGCUUUUUACAUGUUUAGAAGGGACACGG